GAGAGUAAACUUAAAAGUCUUCCGAAACUCAUUAAAAUCCUUUUGGUUUAAAAUUUAGGGGAAAAAACACGUAGGUAGAGAGAUGGAGAGCGCUAAGCCGUCGUCUUCGGCGCCGCCGUACUCAGGAGGACGCGCCGGUGCCGGCGGGAAAUUCAGGAAGCCUCCUAUUUCAAGGAAGCGGGCGUCUACUCCUUACGACCGUCCAUCACUGACUACUGGUAAUAAUAAAUCAGACGAGCCUCAAGACGGCGGCGGUAGCUGGUUGUCGAAGCUUGUUGUCAAUCCUGCUCGUCGUCUCAUUGUCGGUGGUGCUACCAGAAUACUGCCAUCGUUUUUCUCCAAAUCAGACUCUUCUUCUGCUGACGAGUAUGAGAACGAUCCCCCUGGUGAUCGCGAUGAUCAACAUAUAGAUGCAACUGAAAAUGCAAAAAGUGAUGCUAAACAUACUUUAGAGCUUGGAGUAUCCAGUAAUGAAAGGGACAAAUUGAAGGGAAGUUCAGAACAUAAUAUUCUCCAACAAGAUGAAUCAAAGAACUCACCUAGCAAUCAUGGUUUAGCUAAAAUUGAGAACAUGUUGAAAGGGAAACAAUUUUCUAGGGAUGAAAGGAAUCGUUUGAUGGAGAUAUUGAAUUCUAGAUUGGUUGAUGUUUCUAAUACUGAAGAGGAGAAGAAAACACCAGAAGUAAUUUCUCUUUCUCAUGGGAAAGCUAAAGAAAAUGUGGUGGAAAUCCCAAUGCCUCAUUUGCAAUCAAAUGUGAAAGAUGAAGUUGGUGCUUCACCUAUUGAUAUUGCAAGAGCUUAUAUGAUGGGAAAUCGAACAUCAGAAAAACUAGGGUUUAAUACUUACACUAUUAAGUCAAAAGAUGAAAGGGAAAGUCAAAAUCAUGAUUUGAUUCCUUCAAAGCUACAUAACAUCUCACCUUCAUCAAAGUCACCCACUUGUUGGCCAGGUGUCAUGGUUCAAGAACAACGUGGCUAUCUGACCCCACAGAUUCAAAGAACCAGAUAUGGUCUUCAUGGUUUCCCAAGAACACCAUAUUCUAGAACCAUCUAUUCAACUACUAAACCAAAGGUGAAUCAGAUACAAAGUGAUAACAAGCCUUAUAAUGUUUCUGUGACACCAUUCCAACAUUCGCGUACUCCUAUUUUUGGCCAGAUGAAGUCAAGUGGUGAUGUCUAUGGAUCAGUGGGGCCAAUUCGUCGUGUAAGAAACAAGUUCCCAUUUGAACCACAAUCUGAAAGACGUAGUAGUGCUUCUAGAAGCUUUGUGCCUGAUUUCCAGAAGAAUCUGGAAGCUUCUGGAAGUAGUAUUACUAGUGGAGCAUCUAGUGAAACAGUUAGAAAAAUAAUGGAACAACUUGAUAGACACAAGCCUACACCUAAAGAAAAAGCAGAUGAAUUGAAGCUUGCAACUGAAUGGAAAAAAUCAUCUUCUGAAAAUAAUUCCAAUUUGAUUAUUCCCAAUUCUAAGGAAAGUAGCAUUUUAGGAUCUUUUGUUAAAAGAAAUGAUGAUGGAGUUGACCCAGUCAAAACUUUACACAAGGAUGCAGAGCCUUCAUUUGGUUUCAAGAAUACAAGUGCUGCUGAUGAUGAGGAAAAAGGAAAAAGUCAACCAUGGUCAUUUGACAGUCAAAUCAACGGUCAGGAUGCGAGUAAAAAGAGACAAUCUCAACCAAUGUUGAAGCCGAUUUCCUUCAAAAGGCCGGACCCACAACAAGUGAUAUCAUCGUCGGAUAACAGCCGUGGAUUCACCUUCCCAUUCUCUGUCACCGCCAGCUCAGCAUCAGAGCCGCCUACACCAUCCAUCAUGCCAUCUUUUCCGGCGACCGGAGUAGCACCGCCGGUUAUACCAAGUUACAGUUUUGGAACAAAGAAAUCUGAGCGGGUGGUUUUCAGUUUUCCUUCUACAAGCAGUGGUGUUAUACCUAUUGGUGAUGGUGAGUCUGACCUUAAGUUCAACUUUGGGUCGGAUAAAAAACGGGUCUCUUUUGGUUCAAUAGGAACUGAUGCUAUUGCAAUUAAUUGAACUUUUGUUUGUAGUGGAUUCUAGCCAUAACUUUUUU